AUGGGUCCUGUGUUCUUCCUUCCGCAGACUGCAACAACCUCCUACUGGGCGCUCGCGAUGCCGGACAUUGCGCUGGUCACUUUGGGGCCCGACCUGUCGUUUGCCGCUGCCUCGAUCUUCAUCACCUCGAGUGUCCCGAAGUCAUUCCAAGGCUCGGCAGGCAGUGUGUUGGUGAUCAUCCAGAACCUGGCUGCGGCCGUCAUGACUGCAAUCGGGGACUCGAUUGGCGAGCGAGUCAGCUCAUCUCCUGGCUACCAGCUCGAUCUCGCAGCUCUGCGCAGCAUUUGGUGGUUCAGCCUGGGGUGCUCGGAACUCUCAUUUGCGCGGCUUUUGUGCGGAUCCCUCGCAGCGAGGAGAAAGACCAUGUGCAGUAAACUCGUUCAGAUAUCCAGACAAUCCAAGGCAUACGUGGCCAAGAUCGAAGCUCUAGUCAUUUCAUGGUUGGGUUGA